ACUGGAUGUAAGAAGCAAUUAGGCAUUGUCAGUUUGCAAUAAAUUCUUUCAGGACUGAAGGUCUCACAAUAUCUUUCACAAAAAUUCUCACAGAUGAGGCUGUCAGUGGAUGGAAAUAUGAGAUACAUAAAUGUAUUUUGAAAAAUGCUGAGAAACUAAUAGAACUCUGUGUGGCUAAGUUAUCACAAGACUGGUUUCCUCUCUUGGAUCUUCUGGCCAUGGUUUUCAGUCCCCAGUGCAAAUUCCACACUUACAAUGGAACUCGGCCAUCAGAGAGUGUACCAGCUGGAACCCAACCAUCAGAGGAAUCUCUGUUUGCAAGACCUCCAGACCCAAGAACUCCAAGGGGAUGGCUGGUUGAUUUAGUCAACAAGUUUGGAGGCCUAGAAGGUUUUCAGAUUCUUCUGGACAGAUUCAUCAAAGCUCCAGCUCUCUCUGUACCAAUUAUUGCUGCACUUAUUAAACCAUUUGGACAAUGUGCUGAAGUACUGACACCACACACUGUACAGAAAUACUUCAUGCCCAUUGUGGAUAUCGUACCAAAGUUUCUUGAUAAACUGACUGAUGAUGAACUAAAGAAGGAAUCAAAGACUGAGGCAAAGAAUGAUGCUCUGUCUUCAAUCAUCAAAGCACUGAAACAGCUUGUAUACCGACUUCCCAACCAGGAUGAAACAAUCAAAGAACUGGAGAUAUUUAGACUCAAGAUGAUACUAAGACUGCUGCAGAUAUCAUCAUUCAAUGGCAAGAUGAAUGCACUUAAUGAAGUGAACAAGGUGAUAACCAAUGUGUCAUUCCAUGCUAGUCGCCAUACCCAGGUGGAAGAAGAUGAGUGGCUAACAGCAGAGAAAAUGGCUGAAUGGAUUCAGCAGAACAACGUACUGUCAAUAGUUCUCCGAGACAGCCUGCAUCAGCCUCAGUAUGUGGAGAAGCUGGAGAAGAUCCUCCGCUUCAUGAUCAAGGAGAAGGCCCUCACCAUGGAGGAUCUGGACCGGUUGUGGGAGGCGCAGUCAGGGAAACAUGAUGCCAUUGUGAAGAAUGUUCAUGACCUGCUGGCCAAACUAGCAUGGGAUUUUACCCCCGAACAGCUGGACCAUCUGUUCGAGUGCUUCCAGGGUAGCUGGAAUAAUGCUACUAAGAAACAGCGUGAGAAGCUCCUGGAGUUGAUCCGUCGUCUUGCCGAAGAUGACAAGGAAGGUGUGAUGGCCCACAAGGUUCUCACUCUACUGUGGAAUCUAGCCCACAGUGAUGACGUCCCUACAGAGAUCAUGGACCAAGCUCUCACUGCUCAUAUCAAGAUCUUAGACUACAGCUGCUCUCAGGACCGAGAUGCUCAGAAAAUGCAAUGGAUCAACAGGUUUGUGGAGGAGCUCAAAAAUGACAAGUGGGUGUUGCCAUCAUUGAAGCAGAUCCGGGAGAUAUGUCAGCUGUUCCCAGAAGCCCCACAGAACUUCCCCCACACACAGAGGUCUCCCCAUAUGUACUACAGGAACAGUGUCAUUGGUCAGCUGCAGAAUCAACAUUCAAUUGUUAUGCUUGUUUCUCAGAAUCUCUCCGCAUACAUGAACAAAGCCAGACAACAUAACAAAGAACAUCCAGAAGAAGAGCCUCUUCACAUUCUCCCUGAUGGAAGAUUCAAUCAUGUCAUGCAAGUGCAAGAAAGACUUAGAUUCCUCCGAUUCCUGUUGAAGGAUGGGCAGUUAUGGCUGUGUGAACCUCAAGCAAGACAGAUCUGGCACUGUUUGGCUGAGAAUGCAAUUUACAUCACAGACAGGGAAUCAUGUUUCAAAUGGUUUGCAAAGCUGAUGGGAGAAGAACCAGAUCUGGAUCCUGAAAUCACAAGAGAUUUCUUUGAGAGGAACAUUCUACAGCUUGACCCUGCACUGCUCACAGAAAAUGGAAUGAACUGUUUUGAAAGGUUUUUCAAGCAAGUGAAUCUAAAGGAAAACAAGCUCAUUGCCAAACGAAGAGGAGGCCACAUGAUGGACGACCUGGAGUUGAUAGGACUGGAUUACAUGUGGAGGGUUGUGCUAUGGAGUCCAGAUGAAGUUGCUGAAAAAGCAAUUGCUCUUUUGAAAGACAUUUUUACAAACCUUGGACCAAGGUUACAACAGAAUCAAAUUGAGAUUCAUGAGGACUUUAUACAAUCAUGUGUGGAUAGACUAAAAGCCUCGUUUGACACAGUGAGUGUGUUGGAAAAGGAUGCUGAUAGCACUAGUAGGGUGAUGCAGGAGACAAUACGCAUGGUCAGGAUACUCACAGUGCUGAAGGAGUAUGUGGCAGAGUGUGAUGAAGCUUACGGGGAGGAACGUACCAUCCUUCCUCUCAGCAGAGCAUGUCGUGGCAAACUAGUAACUCUUAAAGUUCGGUUCCCCAAUCAGGGGAGACAAGUCGAAGAUCUGGAGGUAUGGUCUCACAGCAAUGAUACAGUUGGUUCAUUACGGAGAUAUAUCUUAUCAAGAGUCAAGGCCAAUGCAAACAACAUCAAAGUAGAUCUCUAUGUCAAUGGUGAACAGCUAGACCCAAGUGAAGACAAGAAACUAAUUUCACAGAUUCCUCUUAGAGACAAGAUGACUGUAACUGCCAAGCUAGUUCAAGUUGGGAGCAACAUGCCCUCAAGCCCAGACAGUAGCUCUGACAGCUCUGUUGGGUCACCUCACAAUGCCUAUGAUGGACCCAAUGUGGAGGCUGAAAACAGCCUGCCAGGAGUGCUGAUGGCUCAAGACCCUCGAUAUGCUCAGUUUCUCUUCCAACUGUCGGACCUGGGUGGUCAGCUGCAAGUACCCAAGCUACGAGAUACAGCCAGAGCAGUACUCAAGCUGAUGCCAGCUGAUGGGACUACAGUUCAGAAAUUCCGAGGAAUUUGUUCUGAGAAUGCAAAGGCUGAUGGAUCAGUUGCAGUGAGCCUGGAAGCAUUGUUCUUCAAUUCUUCUCCUACUCAAGUUCUUUAUAAUAUUGAGACUGCUUACAGUUUGCUUAUGCCUGCAGUGGAUCCAUUGGUUGAAGAAGCCUUUGAGUUUCAGUUGAACUUUGUGAGAAGUGGAGGUGUUCAACUUUCCAUCAACAUGCUGACCAAGAACAACUUUCUGCCUAAUGCUGACCUGCCAACACGAAGAGCUGCAUACUUGACAGUUCUGAAGGUGUGUAAGUUGAUGCUGACGACGGUGGGCCAUGCAAAGGUGCAGGUAGUGGUGGAUGCUUGUCAUGCAGAGUCCCAGGUGCCGGCUGUGUCGGUAGUUGAACACAACCAGGCUGCAGCGUUACAGCAGGCUCUUCUACAUAUUCCCAGUCCUGAUGCUGAGUUCACGACCAGAAAUGUAGCAUUGAGACUUGGGCAGAAUCUAGGAGAACAGGCCACUAGUGUGUUACCAGACUUGGCAACUGUGAAGUCCAUACAGAAGAUAGCCUGGGCAGCUAGUAGCUGUUCUCUUCAUCUUGUCCAUGCCUCAAUAGAAGACAUACACAGAGCACACGAGAAGCCUAAAGACUAUGUGCCCUCUGAUAUGGAGGAUAUUGGAGUGGCCCGAGAAGCUCUAGAAGUGCUGACAGUAUGCCUGGCCCUGUUCCCUGCAGCUCUUGAUGCUCUCCACAAAGACAAGGCCUGGCAGUGUUUCAUCAUUGAUCUGCUGCUCCUCUGUAGAAGCAGCCGAUCUGUGAGGAUCUGUGCCACAGACCAGUUUUUCCUGAUGGCCACACGAUGCAGUACAAGUCACAGACCCCAGCAUUUCAUGAUUACUCUGCUCUUCACAGUAUUGUCGACAACCGCAAAAGACAAUGCAAAACAGUCACAUGAGUAUUUCCAGCUUUUAUGUAGGUUAUUAAGUUAUGCAUUUGCAAGUGAAGCUAGUCUCUCUACAGCAGAAGCAUUGCUGAAUAAUGAAAUAGCAUGGUUGAAAAGAGUCAGGGACUUUGUGUUGAAUGGAUCCGAGGUGCAGACAGAGGAGGCAUUACUUGAGGGUCACUUAGGCAUCACACGAGAGCUUCUUGCGUUCCAGUCCCCAGAGAAGAAAUUCAACAUAGGCUCAGAAAAGGGAGGAUCUAAUCUCAUCAGGGAAAUAGUUGAAGAUUUUAUCUUCCCGGCAUCCAAGAUAGUGUUACAGUGUCGCAAAUUGAAUGGUGAUUUUCCGGCAGAGCAGGCUGUGCCUGUCUGCUCUUCCCCCGUGACUGUGAUAGCAGCUUUUGAUCUCCUGGUAGCGCUGUGCACUGGCUGCGUGCACAACCUGCGCUUCCUUGCCGCCAUGGUCAUUGAUAUGUAUUAUACUAAUGAGACUCCACUGUCAGAGUGGGAGUACUUACCUCCAGUUGGGCCAAGGCCAUCCAAAGGCUUUGUUGGUUUGAAGAAUGCUGGUGCAACAUGUUACAUGAAUUCUGUAUUACAACAAUUGUUUAUGAUCGAGCCAAUCCGCAAUGGUAUUCUGGGUGUGGAGGGUGCAGCUGAUGACAUUGAGGAAGAGUUCAUGAAUGAUGAAAAGGCAGAAGGGGAGACGAAUGUUGACAUGAGCGAGGAGGAGAAGAAGGAUGAUGACAAGGGGAACAAGGUGGAGGAGAGGAAAGACUAUCACAUGGGGGUACUCAAACAGAUCCAGGUCAUCUUCGGCCAUCUCGCCGCAAGCAGGCUACAGUAUCAUGUUCCGAGGGGAUUCUGGAAACACUUCAAAUUAUGGGGGGAGCCUGUCAACCUGAGAGAGCAACAUGAUGCUUUAGAAUUCUUCAACAGUCUAGUCGACAGCUUAGAUGAAAGCUUAAAGGCUUUAGGUCACCCAAUGGCAAUGACAAAGGUUUUAGGAGGAUCAUUUGCUGAUCAGAAGAUUUGUAAAGAUUGUCCUCAUAGGUAUCAAAGGGAAGAAGCUUUCACAACUCUGAAUGUAGAUAUUAGGAAUCAUCAAAAUCUGUUUGAGUCUCUAGAACAGUAUGUCAAAGGAGACUUGUUAGAAGGUGCCAACGCAUAUCACUGUGAGAAAUGCAACAAGAAGGUGGAUACAGUUAAAAGACUUGUGAUAAAGAAACUGCCAAAAAUCCUGGCCAUCCAGUUAAAGAGAUUUGACUAUGACUGGGAAAGGGAAUGUGCAAUCAAGUUCAACGACUACUUUGAAUUUCCACGGAAGUUUGACAUGGAACCCUACACAGUUCAAGGUCUUGCCAAAAUAGAAGGAGAAAUAAUUGAUGGCGAUCUAGAUGAAAAUCCACAGAGUACCAAGUACAAGUUGAUAGGUGUGGUUGUUCACAGUGGCCAGGCCAGUGGAGGGCAUUACUACUCCUAUAUUCUACACAGGGGUGCUGCUGAUCCUCAUCCAAAGUGGUACAAGUUCGAUGAUGGAGACGUCACAGAGUGCAAGAUGGAUGAUGAUGAUGAAAUGAAGAACCAAUGUUUUGGUGGAGAGUAUUUGGGAGAAGUGUAUGACCACAUGCUAAAAAGAUCUGCAGUCAGGCGCCAAAAAAGAUGGUGGAAUGCAUACAUUCUGUUCUACGAGAGGAUUGAUGAAGAUGAAAAGGAAGAGAUUUUGUCAAAAGAAUUCUUGAAACUCUCAUUAUCUAGUACAGUGGCACAUGUGAAGAUGCCGUCAGCCAUCGACAGACUUGUUCGGAAACAGAACAUCUUGUUCAUGCAUGAGAAGAACCAGUUCUCCAUGGAGUACUUCCAGUUCAUGAAGAAACUUCUCACCUGCAACCAUAUCACACUCAAUCAUGCCAUACAGGAGAAAAUGACACAGGAAGCAGAACAGAUUGCAAUGAUCAGUGUUGAGUUAGCAUCUAAAUUCCUCUUCAAUGUGGGCUUUCAUACAAAGAAAACACUCAGGUGCUCUGCUAGUGAAUGGUACGAUGCACUGCAUAUACACCUGAGAUACAGCAAGAGUGUUCGCAGCUGGUUUGCACACAAUGUGCUGUUUGCUCACCCGUCUAGAUUUGCAGAGUAUUUACUAGAAUGUCCAAGUUCUGAGGUGCGGAGUGCAUUUGCAAAGAUUAUUGUGAUACUGGCACACUUCUCCUUGCAAGAUGGACCAUGCCCUCCACCAUUGGUACAGGGGCUGUAUGCUGCUGGACAGGCUGCAGACCCCAAUGCCACACUGAGUGAUCACCUGCUGGUGGCUGUGCUAGCUCUCAUGAGGAAGGAGGUGUCAGAACACGGCAGACAUCUGCAGCAAUACUUCCACCUCUUCCUCAUGUACCUCAACCUUGGCAUACAGGAGAAACAACAGUUGCUUCGGUUGAAUGUGCCUGCUCAGUUUAUAAUGGUGGCCCUGGAUGAGGGUGCCGGCCCUCCCAUCAAGUAUCAGUAUGCUGAACUCAGCAAGCUCUACUCAGUAGUGUCUCAUCUAGUGCGGUGCUGUGAUGUGUCAGCAAGGUGUCAGUGCUCAGUCAAUGGUCAGCCUCCUCUGCCCAACCCCCAUGGCGACCAGCACUGCCCUCAGCCACUGAUGGAGAUCCAAUCUCAAGUGGAGGAGGUGCUGUUUGGCCGCACAAGCUACGUCAAAAAACUCAUCGAGGAGUGUAACAACACAGAAGACACCACCAAGUUGCUGAAGUUCUGUUGCUGGGAGAACCCUCACUUCUCUUCCACAGUUCUCAGUGAGCUUCUCUGGCAGGUUGCCUAUUCCUACACAUAUGAGCUCAGGCCAUACUUAGAUCUUCUCCUACAAAUGUUGAUGCUGGAAGACUCCUGGCAGAACCACAGGAUACACAAUGCACUGAAAGGCAUCCCAGAUGAUAGGGAUGGGCUGUUCGACACAAUCCAAAGAUCAAAGAAUCACUACCAGAAGAGAGCAUACCAGUGUAUAAAGAUGAUGGUUGCACUCUUCACACAUUGUGCACCUGCUGCUCAGAUGCUACAAAGUAAUGGAGAUCUCAAACGGAAAUGGAGUGGGGCUGUUGACUGGUUAACAGAUGAGUUGGAGAGAAGACCAUACCCAGGGAAUGCACAGUACACGUACAAUAACUGGUCCCCACCUGCACAGUCAAAUGAAACAUCAAAUGGCUACUUCCUGGAAAGAUCACAGAGUGCCAGAAUCACACUAGCGAAGGCCUACGAGCUUUGUCCAGAAGAGGAACAAGAGGAAGGGGAGCUAACUGAUGAACAGGAGGUUGCCAACCAGGAAGACCAGGUUCCCGGAUUCCCCCAGCAACCUGGCAACCAGCCACAACCUCAGCCUCAGCCUCAGCCUCAGCCUCAGCCACAGGGCUCUCAGCAACAACAGCCAUCCCAGCAGCAACAGCAACAACAACAAGCUCCCCAACCUCAGCAGCAUGUGCAGAACAACCAGAUCCACAUGCAGCCUGUUGCUCACCCAGUGCAACCCAGUAAUCAGAUCAACAACCAGCUGAACCAACAGGGUCAGCAGCAGGCCCCAAAUCCAGGCAACCAGCCGCCACCCACAGACAAUCAGGAGACAGGGGAGGAAGGGGGAGAUAACUCUCAUAGGGGUGGCAGUGAGUGAGUGACUCAACUUUAACAAGGAUGUGCUUUGUGAUAACAAUUUGUGAUGGUCCUGUCUAAAAGUUGUGGAUUGAGCUUUGUAUAGAAGGUCCAGCUUAAAGGUACCGUUUUCCUGAGGAGGGAACAAGGUUUCACUGAAUCUAAUCUGUGAUUUAAGCUUAACAAACUGUGCUUGACACCUGUCAGAAGUUUCAUCUGUUUUCCCAGUGAUCGAAAGUGAUGACUUUGGAAUGUUCCUGCCUUGGAAUGUUCCCAUGGCAACCUCAAGUGUAUGUUAGUCCAUUGAAGCGCUGGAUGGUCAGUAUCUGGUAAAGAUUUGUUUGGAGUUGUUGGAGUCUGAUAUGCAACUACUUGUGAUGUAAAAUAUCCACAACAAUCAAGUAUCUUAAACUUGGUGGUAUGACAGCCUGAUGCUUGCACUGACGGAUCAUCAGAAUGAUAUUACCAACAUCGCCACACACUUAUGUCUGAAGGACACAGACAUCCUAUGAGUCUGUCAGUGCCAGGAUACUUCAUUACCGGAUGUACUGCAAAUCCCAUACAGUUGGAUGUACAUAGCAAGAAAGGAGGAAAUAGCAUUGAAUGCCCACAGUGCCGAAUGCAGCUAGAAGUGAAUGCAAAGGUAACAUCGACCAUCUGCUCCUGAAUCCCGCAACGUGAUAUUUAUAUGAUGGUCAAAGGUUUCAGCUUGUUCCAUACACUUCAAAUAAAGUCGUUUGUCCAAGAUGGUUGAAGAGAGAUGUUAGUUUUAAUAUUGCAUGGCAAUUUGGGAAAUUAGGAAUGUGCAGGACAAGCUUCAAAGUGUUACUGAGACUAUCGAUUAAUCAAACCAUUUACAGACUUGCAUAUGUUUCUGUAUAUCAGAAGAACUCCAAGAAUAUUUAAUCUGGAUUCUGAAUUGUCUGUUCAAUAGUAGUACACAACAGUAGAUACGUCUGGAAAGCGGAAAAAUGCAUCAUAAAUCACUUAAAUAGAUAGUAAAUAGCAAGAGAAGAUUUUCUCUCGGUCAUUGAGGGUCGGCCCAGUCAAGUUUAGAGACAUCCUGAUCUAUACACACCAUGCAGCCUGUAGUGGAAAUUAAGCCAAGGCAUGUGUUUUUUAUGCAAACUCUGCUGUGGUACAGGUCAGUCUCCCAUGGGGUGACAAAUGAAAAUAUCUUCAUUUAUUCCACAUGUUUGAAUGCUGAAGUUUGUUGUCGUUGUUUCAUGAGUUGUUACCAUUGUGGUACAAGUCCUGAGUUUACUGAAUGUGUUGUGUCCGAGCUAGCUAGCUGCAUGUGUGGUAUACAAGUGUACUAUAUGUAUGUGAUAGCAAGUGGCGAAUAUGUGGUUAGUAUUUAUGAACUUGUACAGCAAUUUCCCAAGUUAAUCUCCCUAAUGCUAAGUGGUCCACACUGAGAUUUGAUGAAUAAUCCAUAUUCAUAUAGACAUGCUGAUAUUUAUUACAUAUUUAUUUUCCAACAACAAUCUGAACGAGGAGAACUAAUUUUGUUUUGAUUUUUACAAUCGACAAGUGCUAUGUGUACCAGUCAUCCAUGAAUUUCAGCUUUUCCCUUUGGUUUUGCAGGAAGUGCUACCAUUACUUUGUUCAAAUACUGAGGUUAAAGUUUGGGUAAAUUUGCUUUGAAUCCAAGACAUACAUACAUUUUGUGCCAUAUUUCAAGGGGGAGUAACUCUAGUUGAUAUGGAAGUGAUGUGGAUAUUUUCAUAAGCAAUACGUAGAUAGGUUGUUGUUGUACUUGUUAUAGACAGCGAUUAUUUUGUUGAUAAGAAUCAAAAGCACGUUGCAGAUAAAUUACUAUUUCUGCAGUAUUCCAUGUUGGUUACUUUUACCAGAUAGACUGUAUCUCUGUAGCCAUGGCAACCAUGUCAGCAUGAAAAACUCCUGUAGCCACCUUCUCUCUCUUAUUUUGGUCUUUCUGGAGAAAUGUGUAUCUAAAUGGCAGACCCAGUGAGUAUUUGAAGUCUGAGCAGUUUUCUGUAUGUUGACAAAAUUUAGUUCUUGAUAUGCAUGAUAAUCAUUCCUGUUUGUGCCCUCACAAUCAGCUCCACCUUGAUUGCCACGGCACAACCGAGGCUGGUAUGGAAUCCAAUAGUAUACAGUUGUGACUGACAGAGUGCUUGUGAUGUAAACCUAUGCAUAGCCAUUAAUUGAGAUCUUGUAACAAUUAUGGGAUCUGUAUUUGUAGUGUGUGCAACGGAACGCAGAGUGGUUUCUAUCUGUUUCAUAGACUUCACACACCAGAGUUUUUAUCUUCCAACUCGGAAGAGAACUGUCCCUAACUGAUGUGACUGAUUGUCCCAAGCCACUCCCUAUAGAUUCUGACAGCCUUAAGAAGUGUAGCAGAUGUUGUUUUGAAUGCCAAGAAGUAGGUAUUAAAUACUUCCAGAAGUAGUUGAAGACUUUACAAAGGUUAGCGCUUCAGUGUAACGGGACAUUGUUAGACGAACAGAUUUGUGUCCGUUUCCAUCUUUUCACAGCAAUUUCUCAAGUUUGUGGGGCACAGGUUCAUCUCUUUGCUACAUCAUGUCAUCCUGCCUUUAACUAGUCUCUCCCUUCCUCUCUGGACGUUACGGAAUCAUGUCCAAGAAUAUGCCACUUGAUGCAUGCAACUUUGACCCACCUGUCGUGAAUGUCGAUGCAGUAUUAGAUAGCAACACACAUCUACUUCAUUUUCUCCCGAGGAGUGUGGCGGCACUUGCACGAUUGUAUACGAUAAACCAAAUACAUUGUCAACCUCAGUAGUUGAGAGUCUGACUUUCUUCUGUCAGGGAGAAUUUCUAGUGUAAAUAAUCCCAAGUGUUUGUAAAUGAUAACACUGGUGUACAUUUGAGCUGGCUGUUUGCUUCCUGAGCUCUGUGAUGCUAAAGACAUGAUGUAUAGUACGGUGACCAGAUAGAGUGUGCAUGUAUUUAUUGAUGUGAAGUGAGAGUGAUGAUGAUGACCCACUAGCAUGGCCUCUACCUCAACGUCUUGAAGUUUUAGCUUCCUGGUGUCUCCCUUGAAGGCAGAGGGCUGCUGCAGUGUCUGUACGUGGUGGUUUCCAUCAUAGACUGUGCAGCUGAACUGUCUGUAGCCAUUACCCGUUCACUUACUCUAUACUGUAGCCAAAUAAUCUCCAUUGUGAAGUCUUGAGAGUCAUAGGAUUGCUUCAGUUUCCUUGGGUCUUGUGUGGGGCAUAGAGCAAAUUGCUGGAAAGACAAUUAGCUUAGUAUGUAAUGUUACUAACAGAUGAGAAAAUGUACAAAUACAAGUUUUGAUAAAGUUGGGUUAUGACUGAUCCUUAAGAGCUUUAGUUUGGUUCAUGUCUGAAAAUACACAGACAGCCUUAUGCCAGGUGUGUCCAUAUUACAGUAAGUGUUGUGUUGAGAAGUGAAAAGAAGGGCUUUAUGAAGGUGUGAAACGAGGCCAUGCUGUGAGUGAAUAAUGAAUGCAAGAAAAUGGUUCUGAGUAUAGCAGCGUUGCAUCUUUCAUCUCUCCUAGUUGUGUUUUAGACAUAAGUGGUUCAGCCUUCUUGUUAUCAAAGCAGUCUGCACCGGCCCCAUCCAUGCCCGGCAUUACCUUGUCUUAUAUCCCAGAAAACACAGGGAAAAUGCCCGGCCUAAAUCUCUGCCUUUUGUAUAUGAUGCACAUUUGUGAUACUGUAUGUAGAUUGGCUACAGGAACUUAUGCCCACAUUGUACAGUAUGUAUAUAUUCAAUUAAAAUGCACAAUUAAUACAAAAAUAUGGUGUAGAUAUGGAGCCUGUGCAGCAGCAGCAGCAGCUACAGUUGUUAUUUGUUUGUCUCCACGUUAUGCCGCCGAGUUAUUAUAUUAUGUACAGCGUAUUCUAACUUGAGACAGUUGGUGUCUGUUUAUACUGUGUAGCUGCUGCUAUUUAAUCGCAUUAUGACAGUGCUAUUUGUUUUGAAGUGCUGACAAUGUACAAAUCUGACAGUGUUGCUGAUUUUAUGUUAAUUACCAUGUUUUGUAUAAUUGGAUGAAUAAACAAGGCCUCCUCUGAUGUUUCAAAGAACAACACUCCUUCCAUCAUUGUUGUCUGAGAGAAAUAGGUUUGAUGCCACGUAACCAUGGAAACAGUGUUGAUGAAGGAGGUGCACAUGUAUUGGUUUCUCCAGACCCAUAUUUGAAAGUAUUUCUACCUGAUGGACUCCAAAUUGUAGUGCACAUUGAUCUGUUGUUUAAAUCUCCUCAUUUAAGCCAUGUUCUUGUUCAUGUUGAUGACAGCUACUUGUGCACGUCUUGUACUUAAUGGGAGGAAACAUCUCUCACAAAUUGACCAUUCAGACCUACUGUCGGUGAGCGACAUCCAAGAGAAAGGCCUUGGUUUCUGCAGUGGGUUUUUGUUAGGGGACUUUGCAAUUGUUGGAGGGGGCCUUGCACGCUGAUGUUGUUAAUGUUGAAUGGACUUUCAAUGGCUGAAGUCAGGACAGGCUGAAUGUUAUUUAGUUCUCUGUGUUUUCAGUAUUUGUGGGGUUUAGCCAUUGUUGGUUCCAGUAAUGCAGUAUGCUUAUGUUAGCAUUUCCUUCAGUGCUUUCCAUGUUGAGAAGCAUACUCCAAUUGUGGUGAUUAGCAUGUGUAAAUAAUGUCAAUUUGUGUGAAUGGCCCUUUGAGGAUACUUCCCCCCUAAAUCAUCAACAUGGCACGACCCAAAUGUAACAGCAGGUCGUACCAUUUUGACGUUUGGGUUGUGGGUUUGCAAGAUGUUUCCUGUAUUUGACACAGGGAUGAUAUUGUAAACGGCUGCCAGAAAACUCCCUUAGCCCAGAAAGGACUCAUUGGUGUGAUCUGGUUGAAAAGGAUCAAGCCAUACUGAGAAGAGGGGUGUGAGGUGGGACUUCUCCUGCCCAAGGGGAGAUAAGGACAUGUGCUUUCAGGACCGUUGUAUGUGUAUGUUGACUACAGUGUAAAUCAUAAUAUUUUCACAUUUAGCUUAAAUUAUUUUAUAAAGAAAUUCCAACUGCAUUGACAUAAUGUUGUGCACAGUGUUUGACUUUGUACAGAAACAAAAAAAGAAUAAAUUACUUAGAAUUACAA